AUGGAUGCCCUGGUGGAUGGGAACAACACUGAAGUGACAGGGUUCAUUUUAUUGGGCUUAACUGACGACCAGAUCCUUCGAAUCAUUCUCUUCAUGAUCAUCCUGUGUAUCUACCUGGUGACCAUUUCUGGCAAUCUCAGCACAAUCAUUCUUAUCAGACUCUCUUCUCAGCUCCAUUAUCCUAUGUAUUUUUUUCUGAGCCACCUAGCUUUUACUGACAUGGGCUUAUCAUCUUCCGUCACACCUAAUAUGCUCGUAAACUUCCUGGUGGAGAGAAACACUAUCUCUUAUCUUGGAUGUGCCAUCCAGCUUGGUUCGGUUGUUUUCUUUGGGACAAUGGAGUGCUUCCUUCUGGCUGCCAUGGCAUAUGAUCGCUUUAUGGCAAUCUGCAGCCCAUUGCUUUAUUCCACCAAAAUGUCCACACAAGUCUGUGUUCAAUUACUUGUAGUAGCUUAUGUAGGUGGUUUUGUCAAUGAUUUCUCCUUUACUAUUUGUGUCUAUUCUUUAGUCUUCUGUGGACCAAAUAGAGUCAAUCAUUUUUUCUGUGAUUUUGCUCCUUUAGUUAAACUCUCCUGUUCAGAUAUCACUGUUUCCACAAUUGUCCCGUCAUUUACAGCUGGCUCCAUCAUUGUGGUCACAGUGUUUGUCAUAGCCGUCUCCUACAUCUGCAUCCUCAUCACCAUCCUGAAGAUGCGCUCCACUGAGGGGCGCCACAGGGCCUUCUCCACCUGUGCCUCACACCUCACAGCUGUCACUCUGUACUAUGGGACCAUCACAUUCAUUUACGUGAUGCCAAAGUCUUGCUACACAACUGACCAGAACAAGGUGAUCUCUGUGUUCUACAUGGUGGUGAUCCCCAUGUUGAACCCCCUCAUCUACAGUCUCAGGAACAAUGAGAUUAAGGGGGCUCUGAAGAGACAGCUUGCUAGAAAAAUGUUUUCUUAG